CAACAAGCUCAAGGUUUUUUUUCGGGUUUCCUUAUAUCAGUUUGUCACUAAAAAUGGGAAGGAUUCCAUGCUGUGAAAAGGUAGGGUUGAAGAAAGGACCAUGGACAUCGGAAGAAGACAAGAAGCUUGUGGCUUAUGUUGAAAAGCAUGGCCAUAGAAACUGGCGUUCAGUGCCUGCCAAAGCAGGUCUUGAAAGAUGUGGAAAGAGUUGCAGACUUAGGUGGAUUAACUACCUCAAGCCUGAUAUAAAACGAGGAAACUUUACCAUGGAGGAAGACCACACCAUUAUUCAACUUCAUGCCCUUCUAGGAAACAAAUGGUCAAUCAUAGCAGCUCACUUGCCAAAGAGAACAGAUAAUGAGAUAAAGAACUAUUGGAACACCAACGUUAAGAAAAGACUCAUCAGAAUGGGGUUAGAUCCCAUUACCCACAAACCAAUAAAAACCAAUACUUUUGAAGCAUACGGUGGUGGCCAUGGCCAGUCCGAGGAUAAUAUAAAUAUGAACCACAUGGCCCAAUGGGAGAGUGCUCGAAUUGAAGCUGAAGCAAGAGGAUCUGUGUUUCAAGCUGGAUCUCACUCCUCACAUCAACCCCAACUAAUCUUAAGCAAAAUCCCAACUCAACCUUGUUUUUCAUCAUCAGAUUCACUAUCAACCAAACGCAACACUGUGUAUAACAUGUAUGCCCUCGUGCUUGCAACAAAUCAUGACCCUGUAUUGCCGGUAUCUACAUUGAGCAUCCCCUAUUGGCAGACUCCUUCGCCAGUCUCUACCAAUAUUGGAAGAUUUACCGACACGGGAAGCUCACUCUCUUAUGAGGAAAAUGUUAACAUCACAGAAACUAGUUGUCAAACUCAAAAGAUAAUAGAAGAUUACAUGUUAAACUCGCAAGAUGAUGAUAUUAUGGUGGCCGUGGAAGCAUUUAGAACAACAAGAUGUGAGAGUAUUCAAGAAUUGUUUAGGGGGUCCAAUGACGUGGAAGGUCCAAACAAUGAUUCUUUUGAAAGAAAUGUGUAGAAGAGUGUGGAAAUAUUGGAAAGUUCAAUUUUCAUGCUUUGCUUGUUGUUUCAGUGUGUGAUUUUGUUACUUCUGUUUCGUGGGGUUUUCUUUUUCAUGUUGGGUUGGGUGUCUCAUAAUGUGUUGUUUAUGAGGUUGAUUUUUUUGGCUUCAUGGUGUGUUGGACUAUGAUAGGUGCUGAAGUUUAAUUUGGUUCUGUAAUCAGGAUAAAGAACUUUUAUGGUAGUAUUCUCAUGUUUCGGUUCUAGUCUAA